UGCCGAAAUAGGCGCUAUCUGAGAUUGCUUGUUCUGCGGGGAGCGGCUGGCUGCUGGGGUGUGUGUAUGUGUGUGUUUAUGCGCGGCGGUGUUUCGAGCUGAGGAAUAUUGCUUUUGGAAGGGCCCGUUUAUUCUCCAGCUCGUCGUCCGGCUUGCACUUCGUCGGCUGAGAGAGACAAGUCCGGCACGCAGCUUUUGAAGACCGAAGCGCGGCAGCGGUAAACGCAUCCGAACAUGCCGGUGUUUCACACCAAGACCAUCGAGAGCAUCCUUGAGCCCGUAGCGCAGCAGGUGUCUCGGCUGGUGAUCCUCCAUGAAGAAGCUGAAGAUGGAAACGCCAUGCCCGAUCUCGAGCGCCCCGUCAAGGCUGUCAGCAUGGCUGUCUCGAACCUCAUCAAGGUGGGACGCGAGACGAUCAACAGCAGCGACGACCAGAUCCUGCGACAGGACAUGCCCGCAGCGCUGCAGCGGGUCGAGCAGUCCUCCAAGCUUCUCGAGGAGGCCUCGGCUAUGCUCAAGGCAGACCCUUACUCGCAGCCCGCCAGGAAGAAGCUGAUCGAGGGCGCUCGAGGCAUCCUGCAAGGGACAUCUGCCUUACUGCUCUGCUUCGACGAGUCGGAGGUGCGCAAGAUCAUCCGCGAGUGCAAGAAAGUGCUGGACUACCUGGCAGUGUCCGAGGUGAUCGAGUCCAUGGAAGACCUUGUUCAGUUUGUCAAGGACAUGAGCCCGUGCCUGACAAAAGUGUCGCGCGACGUGGAUGCCCGGGAGAAGGAGCUGACCCACCAGGUUCACCGGGAGAUCCUGAUUCGCUGCCUCGACUCGGUCAAGGUCCUGGCGCCCAUCCUCAUCUGCAGCAUGAAGAUCUUCGUCCAGAUCCUGGCACAGUCGGGUAAGGGCGUAGAAGAGGCGGCAGAGAACCGCAACUACCUGGCGUUGCGCAUGACGGAGGAGAUCAACGAGAUCAUCCGCGUGCUCCAGCUCACCACCUACGACGAGGAGGAGUGGGACGCUGACAAUCUCACCGUCAUGAAGAAGGCACAAAAUGCUAUUGCAGGCAAGAUACAGUCGGCGCAUGAUUGGUUGGAGGAUCCCAUGGCCGUGACUGGUGGAGUGGGUGAGAAGUCUCUGCGACACAUCCUCGAUUAUGCCAAGCGGGUCGCCGACCGAUCCUUGCCUGCCGAUGGUGACGCUAUCCGCAAGCUCUGUGGAGACCUCGAGUCGAUGACGAAUGCCCUGUGUGAAUUGCGCCAGGAUGGCAAGGGUGCAUCACCCCAAGCCCAAUCACUGGCUCGUGGGGUCGGCCUGAAGCUGCGUGAGUUGAACAACCUGAUUGGCCAGGCCAUCACCAACGUGGAGCGCAGCGGCAUACAGCAGCUGGCGCAUACCGUGGGUGGCCGUGUGGAACAGGCGCUCAAGUGGCUGGUCAACCCUGGUGUCUCGGACCGUGGCCUUGGUGAGCAUGCCAUCCAGCUGACAGUAGAGGAAGGGCGGAGGACCGCGGAAAGCUGCCCGAUGCCGCAGCGGGCCGAGAUAGUCCAACUGUGCAACGAGAUCGACUCGCUCACGCGCAAGCUCAAGGACCUGUGCAGGCGAGGCCAGGGCAACAGUCCAGAGGCACUGCAGACUGCUCGUCUCAUCUCGUCCAAGCUGCUCGAACUGAAGCACAAGAUCCAGAAGGCUCUCGUCAACAGGGUGGUCGAGGAUUUCAUUGACAUCACCACUCCGUUGAAGAUGUUCACUGAAGCUGUGCACGCUCCCGAGGGCACGCCCAACAGAGAAGCCAACUUCCAAGACAAGGCUCGCAACCUGACCGAGUUCUCGCAGAAGGCAGCCCGCACGGCACGGAACGUUGCUCUCGGAGGCGCGUCGAACAAGAAGCUUGCCGAGGCACUCUUGUCUUCGGCGGCUCAGGUGGAGAGUUUGACUCCGCAGUUAGUCAAUGCUGGUCGUAUACGGAUGACCUACCCGGACAACAAGGCUGCAGACGAGCACUUUGAGAACCUGCACAAGCAGUACUCGGAAAGCAUGAUGCACAUGCGGAACCUGGCUGACGAGGCCACCGACACUGCGAGCUUCGUCAAGGUCACAGAGGACAUGAUCCUGAAGCACACUGAGCUGUGCGAGGACGCUAUGGCUCGUCAGCUUCCCCAGCAGAUGGUGGACAACACAUCCAGCAUUGCCCGGCUCGCCAACCGGGUCCUUAUGGUCGCCAAGCAGGAGUCGGACAAUUCCGAGGACCCCAUCUUUAUUGGCCGUGUCAACCAGGCUGCCGACAGCCUUCAAGGCACUGUGACGCCCAUGAUCCAGAAUGCCAAGCAGGUGGCCACACGAAUCUCGGAUCCAGUAGCUCAGUCCCGUUGGAGGGAGUCCAACAAAGCGCUCAUCAACGCAGUGGGCCAGGUACGGCAGGCUGUGACAGUGACGCCUGAGGAGGAGCUCCUUCCACAUCUCAUGGGAUUGCAGGCUAACGCCAAGCCAACCAUGCGAUCUCACGACAUCAAGGUUCCAGACUUUAAUGAAAUGUUUGACGUCAAGAUCGAAGUGCCGCCGGCCGAGAAGCGUCCGCCUCCGAAGAGAGAGGUGGUGGUGGAACCACCCAUUCAGAAGACGACAAUUCCCAGGCAGUUGCAGGAACACAGCUACCCAGAGGAGGCCCCGCCGCGACCCCCGCUGCCAGGCUCGGGAGACAGGGCCCCACCGAGGCCGCCACCACCGUGCGAAACCGACGAUGAAUUUGAAGAGCGCUUCCCACCUCCUCAGCCGAACCAGCCCAUCAUGAUAGCAGCGCACGGCUUGCACCAGGAGGUUCGUCAGUGGUCGAGCAAGGACAACGAGAUCAUUGCGGCUGCCAAGAGGAUGGCCAUCCUCAUGGCUCGGCUCAGCCAGCUGGUCAGGGGCGAAGGAGGCACAAAGAAAGACCUGAUUGCCUGUGCCAAGCAGAUUGCUGAGGCGUCUGAAGAAGUGACUCGUCUGGCCAAGGAGCUCGCUCGCAUGUGCACAGACAAGCGCAUGAGGACGAACAUCCUGCAAGUGUGCGAGCGCAUACCCACGAUCGGUACCCAGCUGAGAAUACUGUCCACCGUCAAGGCCACCAUGCUCGGGGCCCAGGAGCCCAUACCGACGCCCGACGGGAGCGAGAUUAUCUGCGGCACGGAAGAGGAUCAGGAGGCGACAGACAUGUUGGUCGGCAAUGCCCAAAACCUGAUGCAGUCGGUCAAGGAGACUGUGCGUGCCUGCGAGGCAGCAUCCAUCAAGAUCCGUACUGACUCUGGACUUCGUGUCCGCUGGAUCCGCAAGCAGCCCUGGUACCAGUAUUAGCUAAGAGAAGUCUUCUGCUGGCUACUCUGCAGAUGGAGACCACAGAUAACGGCAGAGCACGAACGCGAAACUGUUCAUCCGCCCUCUGCCGUGCACCCUUCGAUGACUUUUAAUUGUAUGGAUUGCCACUAAAGCGUGCUCCAACGUCCAGGGGAAAUCACCGUCACGGACUUCGGUAUCACAGAAAUGGAGUUUCUGUGAAUCAUGGCUGCGGGCGUUCGUAGACUAAUUGUAGCAGGGAAGGACUCGGCCAUUGCGACAAGUUUCUGCAUCGGCGCUCGCAGUGCUGUCAGCAGAUGCACCUCGUUAACCGAACCUUUUGUUUUUAGCACCCUUCCUUUCAUGUUUCUUGUUAUAAGUGGUUCUUAGCAUUGUUUUUUUACGUUGUUGUUUAAGCUUUAAGAAGGAGUUUUUGUUCCUAGUAACGUUGACCUCAUUGUUGAUGUAGCAAGAGUUUUUUUGUCAAUCCAGCUGUCUCUUCGUCUCUGCGUGCAAGGCAAGCCCUCAUAACGAUGGGUCAAGCUGCAUUUUUGACGUACGCACAAUAACUGUCUCUUUCAUUUCAUUUGGAAAUUUAUCGUCACACUCUAAAGUUUCGAAUGUUACCGUAUCUUUAGUCGGGAUCUAUUAUUGAAUAGUUUGUUCUAUCGCUAUGCGGCCUAACUUUGCGUGGUAUAUGAUUUUAAAUCUUUUUUUGUAAUUUAGUAGUACAAUGCAUUCAGCAAUGAAAACAUAUCUAAGACAGGGUAUCUUCCUCUGAACACUCUGCUAGUGCAGGUCUGGUGGUAGAGAAAAUUUUUUUUUCUCAGCUAAAAUCGCACUGAACUAACGAAUGAGCUCGCUCGGAAUGUCCGACACAGGUACAUCUGUGCGCAACUCUGUCGCCGCACAUGCUCGCAUGAAAUUUUGCCGAAUAGAUUUCUGUAACUUAGAGGCACACGCAAAAAUAGAUCAGUAGUCAUGCAAAUGAUUUUUGUACAUUUGGGAAGGUAGUCCUCUGCACAUAGUGGACAUGACUGUGCCAGCAUAGCCUAUUUUUAGAUGACAUUACAUUACUGAAAAGUUUACUGCAUUGACUACCAAUGUGUCUUCCAGAGAUCAGAACAACAAAGGUUAAUAAUGAAUGCUGUUUAACUGAACUACACGAGGUUGACGACACAUCAAUAAUUUUUCGGGGCUGUGUCUCUCGUACCUUAAUGAAAUGUCCUGACAAAAGUAAGUUUGUGCUUGCAUUUUUAGUACCCCUCGACUACUGACACAAGUGACUACGGUGUAUAUUUAUAUGUAGCUAAACCUGAAAUAGUCCGUAAAUUGAGCAGUCUUUCGAAAAUUCAAUAGAUUGCUUGUGCAUUUUUAGGGUUGCAUAGUUACCUUUCAAAGCGUUCUAUGCAUUACGUGUCGAUCUCUUUUGCUAACCAUUGCUAUUCUCACAUUUGCGUCCUGCGCCGCGUUUUGCAUACUCAGACUUUUAUAUUUUAGGCUAUGUCGUGUGCAUAGCUAUGCUUCCUUUUUUUUCAUUAACCCUGUUUUUGAUUAUCCUCUUCUUUUUAGAGAAACCAGUGUUUUUAUGUGUUUAUUAACGUUGAGAACAUUUGUACACAUUGGAUUGCAUGAAGGAACUAAAGAGAUACUCCAAUGUUCCUUUCUUUCACACAUCUGGUUGUGCCAUAUGACUCUGAGAUGUCUCUUUUAUUACGAAGUUUUUACAUUGUUCCAUGUACUCAUUUUAAACAAUGACCUACGCCAUGUUGUUGCCUCUGGCGAUUCAAAAUGGUUACAGAGACGUUGAGUGCUUCUCUUUAUUAGUUUGCGCUAGGGUCUUUAGUUACUUCACUGCCCAUGCAAAACAGCCCAAUCAUGUGUCGGCAAUGUUUUCUUUUUGUCCUUAGGCUGAAGUAGUAUUAUGAGUGAUAGACAGCUUUCUACUGUCAUUUUUCUGCUCCUGAAUUUGGGGUCACAUUUCUGGGUGUUUCUAUUAGGUUACGCUCCAGCUUGGAAAUGGGAAAAAACUUUCUUGUACUUCAUGUCUAGUUGACAGUGUCAUAUUGUCAAUUAAGAAUAACAAGCCAGCUCUAAUUAGCUGUUUAUAAUCCUACAUGAUACCCUAAGCACUGAUAGCAACGCUAAAAUACCGUGUUCCGAUUCAUACAUGGUGGGGAGCAUUUACAAAGGCUUCUCUGUGUGCUUUUAUCUGCAAGCCGAAAAGUAGUCUAUCACAAGAGAUUGAGUCAUUAAGGAUGCACGUUGUGUUUGGAUAUAAAAUUAAGUCCAUACUAUUUUGCUACUAAAUACAUCAUUUAUUGUUCUAUUCAUCAGGGAUCUAAAUCUACAUACUGCCCAAUAACAGAGUAGCUAUUUUUGGAACCUGCGCCUUCAGUGCAUUGGUCGUGCUUUUGGCCAGAAUGCAGACUGUCACCUGCUAGAAGCGCAAACAUGCGCAAGUUAUACAUGUUGCGCCAUAAACCUGCGUCUUCAAGUUGUGGCUGUAAAGUAAGAGUAGGGAAUCAUGAGCGACUUAACUGUGGCCGAUGCUAGGAAAGACUUCAGCGGCCUCACUACUGGCAUGGCUUUCGCAGUGUUGCGUGCUUAAGAGGACUUUGGCUUUUCAAUUUAUGCAGGACUUUUAUUGGACAGACAAGCUCUAUCAUGCAUUGUAGCAUAUCCAUGUGCCUUGUAAAAAUAAUUUUCUGAAGGGUGAUGUCGGUAGGUUUAAUUAAGAGUUUGUGUGCUGAUCGACAGGUAGUAGGAUAGCAGGUCCUUUUCUAUUUCAGGGGAGUCUACUUUUAAGGUUACGAUCGCUCGUGAGCAAUAAUAAGAUAUAUAUUUGCACUCUAAUGAGCACCUUAUUUACACUGCAAUAGCAGGGACAUGUGUGCAUGAAAAUUAUAGGGAAAGGUCUGAGGACAUUCAGACAUUCCCCCCCUCCCCUCAUCUGUAGAUGCUGAAAAUGUCAAAAGAAUAAGCACGCAAUCGGCUUAGUGAGCCUCUUCCAAAGUCCUGUGCCUUUAGCCAUCUAGCUGUAUGGCUGCAGAAGCAGGCGAAACUCCAUUUCCUAGGUUGAUUUUGCAGAACCAAUUUGCAUCACCAGAGGCGGCAAACAUUUCAAGUGAAGCAUACUGUGCCUGAAUAUUGUUGCGAUUAACUUUUUUUUUUCUCCCUUCUGUGUGGAUGCAAUUUUGUUCUCGCCCUUUUGCAAUAGUGUUGUCAAACUGUCAUUACUUUUCAAGCUUGACAGUUCCUUGCGACGCGUGGUGCAAGACAGUAGACUAGGAUACAAGAAAUGUGUCAUUAUACUGGCCUUGCUUUUGACGUCCUCUUGUGUUGACACUGUCUAUUGCAGUGAACUUCAACUUGAUAAAUAAUUCACAUUCUGUGUGUCCAUAACUGACCCGCCAUCGCUUGCACCAGAUUUGGUGCGCAUUUUACGCGGCUCGUGCAAGCGGUGUCGCAUAUGGUGCAAGUGGAAUGGGCGUCCGAAGUGUGUGUAACUUUCGUCCAUGUUUUGCAUCAAAUGCACAUUUCGUUCAGUGUGGUGUGGUGGUUAGUAUGCACCAGUGCAAAUACAUUGCAAAGUGCAACAUUUUCUCAAGUCGUUGCUGUAAUCAGGUCGUUUCAAAUGCGGCUGCAAUUAAAACUGGUGCGAUUGGUGUCGCUAAGUUGUGAUGGGUAACACGCUUACACGAGCACCUGAGCCUAAAUGUCUGCGGGUUGGUUACUGUUAUACUUAAUUGAAAUGUGAAUUCUAAAUACUAGUUCUUUUUUUUAUAUAAGCAUGCGCAAUACAAUUCAAAUGUAAAGAGAGCACUUGAAUGGUUUUGAAAAGAAGGUUUAUUGAAUGCAUUGACAAUUCAACUAGUAAUAAAUGUGUGGCGUUGAUUAGUGGUGCGCCAUUACUAAGGUAAGACAUUACUGCCAAGGUGUUCGUAGCUAUAACUUGUCCUGGAAUAUUUGAUAAGUGUUCUCUUUUAACAUUGAGCCGUAGCUCGUGAGACACUAGCACAUACUGCUGCUAAAAUGUGGGAGCGUCCAGGAACGACUGUGAGGGGAUCACUAUCAACAAUAUGGCAUUUAAUGUGUGUUCGUUUGUGGCCUCUGCUCUUCGAUCUCCUCGUGGCCAAAGGCUCAAGUGGUAUAGUGUGGGAGGAGGCAUCAUUUUCGUCUUCUUGUUUGCAUGUUUCAGUGGUGCCUUUCAUUCAUUAUGCAAAUGCUUUUCUUAUGCAAUCUGCCACUUUUGGGGCAGUGUGUUGCCUUUCGAAUCCCAGUGCUUUUUUUUUACAUGCAAGCGACUACUCCGUGGACUGCAAUAACCGUUUAUUUGUGCCCUCUAUUAGAGCUAAUAAAGUAAUUAUUACUCCUUA